UUAACAAUAAAACUUCACACGAACUUGUGCAUACACACUGUUCCCACCCCCUUUUUCUUCUCUCUUUUUACUCCCUCAUCCACUUGACAAGGAUGUUACAAUCCAUGUACAACUCACUUUCUUCUCAUAUGUACACUGAUAAAAAAGCACCUAACUCAUUCUCCUUAUUUGUGACCAAAAGACGCAAUGAACAAGAAGGACACUACAUCUCCAUAGAACAAUUAACAGAAGAAUGGCAACAGAUGUCAAAAGAACAGAAAGCUGAAUUUCAAAACCAAUCACAGUGUAUUCAGUUCACACUGGAUAUUGAUCAUCGUUCAUUGACGGAUCACAAGAAGCCAUCGAUAUCCUCAUCCAUGAUCAUACCCAAUGACCAUUCACCGGUACUCCAUCUAUUUGACCAUUUUCAACCACCACCCACCAGCUCAGAUCAACCAACGUCACCUACUUUUCAAAAACUAAAUCUCUCGUAUUCUGCAGCAGCAGAAGCAGCAGCACUUGAAUCCUUAUCGUUUAACUCUCAUUCCGUCAAACAGACAACCGCCAUCAAAAGAAAAUACGGUAUUCUGCCUGAAAAAGUCAAAAGACCUCCUAAUGCAUAUUUAUUGUUUAAUCGUGACAUGAGAAGACAGCUACAUGAUGUCAAUCAAGGCUUAAGUUCUGGUGAAAUCAGUAAGACGAUCAGCAUGAAAUGGAAACAACUUUCACCUUGUGUUAGGCAGAGAAGGAAUACUAUCUUAAGGAAGAAUCAAAACUAAAGCAACAGCACAACAAUGAACAUGCUAAUUUCAUUUAUUCAAGAAGAUCCAAAGCAGAAAUCAAACAAGCUUCUCAACUCAAAAGAACACACAAGGCAUCACCUAUAGAACCUAAAAAAAAACCCAACCUGAUUGGGGGUAGAGAUCCUCGAGGAAGAAAGAAAAAGAAAGCAGACGACACAUUACCCAAACAUCCCAUGUCUGCCUAUCUUCAUUUUGCAAAGAAAAUGAGGCCAAUCAUGAAGAAAAGAUACCCAGAAGCUCGUCUAGUGGAGAUCAGUAAAGAGAUUGGAAAUCAAUGGCGAUCCAUGUCCACUGCAGAUUUACAGCCAUGGAUUGAUUUAGCCAAUCAAGACAAGGCAAGAUAUGCAAGAGAAAUGAAGAGUAGGAUCAUGAAAGAGUCUUCUCAAAGUAUGGAUGCGUUAGGGGAUUUAGAUAGUGAUACUAUUGCCACAGUGGCACAAAUGGUCAAUCCUACAAUAAAAUAAAUUAUAAAAGUU